UAUUUAUACGAGGUUUUUUCAUUAACAGGGAGAAAUCAACAAACAAAUGUGAUCUGUACCUCGCGAUACAAUUUGCAAGACUGGUUUUAUAUAUCACCAUUUUUUCUUCGAACAUUCUGCAACAAAAUUCCCCGAGUUUUUUUUACAGAGAAGGAGCCACUGCGAAAAUUUCUCCCUCGUAUUCCAGACACAGGAACUUCCGGUGAAUUUAUAAGAUACAGAGGAGUGGCUAGCUGUAGCGACACUGCCAGUGACAGUUAUCGGCAAAAUUGGGAGUUGAGUUAGAGCGUUGACAGGUCUUUUGCGUUUUAGGGGCACACACAUUUUUUUUUCCUGUAAGGAAAAAUGGCUCGUAAUGAAGAGAAAGCACAGUCUAUGUUGAAUAGGUUCCUGGCCUUUAAAAAUGAAGAAAAAAAGAAACCCAAGGAGAGACGUCCAUAUUUGGCCUCGGAGUGCCGAGACCUGGCAGAAGCAGAUAAGUGGCGACAGCAAAUAAUUAGAGAGAUAGGAAGGAAGGUGAUGGAAAUUCAGAACCCAGGUCUUGGUGAACAUCGGCUGCGAGAUCUUAAUGAUGAAAUUAACAAGUUGAUCAGGGAAAAGGGGCAUUGGGAAGCUCGGAUUAUUGAACUCGGCGGUCCAAAUUAUACAAAGGCGGGAGCAAAGAUGACAGAUUUAGAAGGAAAUGAAGUUGAUGUACCAAACCCCAGCGGUAGGGGUCCAGGUUACAGAUAUUUUGGGGCUGCCAAACACCUACCUGGUGUGAAGGAGCUGUUUGAAAAGCCUCCAGAGGCCAAGAAGAGGAGAUCCAGAUAUGAAAUUUACAAGCGUAUUGAUGCAAGUUAUUAUGGCUAUAGGGAUGAAGAGGAUGGGAUUUUAGUGAAAGUUGAGCGUGUUGCAGAGGAGGAGAUGCGGUCUAGGGCACUGAAAGAAUGGCAGAGAAUUGAGGCCAUUAAGAUUGAAGCAAGGAAGACAGUCAAGAGCGGUGAGGUUGCUGCAGUUAAACCUAUCCUAUUUGAAGAAGAGGAGGAUAUCCCGGAGGAGGAUAAACAAGGUAAAGAAAACCAACAACAGAAAGAACGAGAAUUCAUUGCACAUGUGCCUCUUCCAGAUGAAAAAGAAAUUGAGCGAAUGGUUGUGGAGAAGAAGAAACAGGAGCUUCUUAGCAAAUAUACAAGUGAAUAUCUUUUGGAAGAACAAGUUGAGGCUAAGAAAAUGCUUAAUAUUCAGCGAUAAUAUGGGUAAAGUCUUUGAAAUUCACUUUUAUCAUAGGUUCAAGUUUCAACUGCAUGCAAAAUUUCAAAUGAAGAAACACCCUAUGAAAUAUGUUGCUGUCCUUUGAUCUGCCUAGUGCAGAGACUGCUAAAAAUUUUUGGGGCAGCAUUCGUUCAGAAAUACAUGAUAGUAUUUUAUAACAUCUUACUCGAUCUCAGAUUGUCUCAUUCAAUGGCGAUGGUAUGCAACACUCACUAUUUUAUAGAAGUUCCUUCAAUAUUUUUUCCUGUUGUUGGUCCCAGCAAGAAUGCAAGGAAACUUCAGAAUGAUCUUAUAUCUUCAAUGCUGCAUAACCAGUUAUAGAAGUUGAUUUGAAGGUGGAUAUUUGAUGUAUUUGGUCAAUGUAUUGGUUAUCUAAAAAUAUCGCUUCUGUGGCACCCACUCGAAUGGCAUGACAAUUAGCUAUUGGAAUUGGAAAGAGGCUGUUGGAAGUCCAAGUUUUCUGCUAUCGUCCAACCCCUUCUGUGGGAAGAUUCGUUGUUUUUCCGGGCAAAUUCAUGUGUUGCUUUACCUGUUUUUGAAUGGAGAAAGCUUUAAACAUUUUGGCUCUGUUCGAUAAUUUCUAUUGACAUCCAUAAACAUAAUUUGUAGCUUAAAAAGGAGCAUUUUCAAGUUUUCUUUUGAAUA